CAGCGUAGAGAUGAGCAAAAUCUGUGAACUCAUAUUUUCCACAUUUGUUAUUUACGUAAUCAACCAUCUUAUUAGUAUUAUUAUUUAAGAAGCAUGGGAAAAAACGGAAUUUGUAAAAAUAAUGUAAUCGUCGGAGAAUAUAUGUAUGUAGCUGUUUUUUCCAAUUUAAUAACAAAUUAUUUAUUGUGUUUUGAAUUUUGCUUAUACUAAAGCCUGUUAGCCAGAGCGUGUUAUGUGCUGAUGUCAGCAGCACUAACUAACGUCAGUUGCUGAUAUCAGCUGCUGACGAGUAUGUAUUGCAUUGUUUUAACGCAUUUGCAGUGCAAAAUUCGUAUUCCUUUAGCAGAGCCUGUCCGUGCGCUCUUUGCGCCCUGGUGCAAAAUUGCCAGGGCGCUCUUUUCUUAGGAUGAAAUGAAAUAGACCCAAAAUUGUCUUAAAACAAGUAACGAAAUACACUGUUUCGUGUAUAUAUGAAAGGCACGAAAAAAAAUCCAACGAAAUUAGCAAGAUAUCUUUUUGCCUUAUGUAAUACUGAAAAUUUGCAUUUUAGAUUCAUUGAAAACAUUAUACAUUACUGCGAGCACCGAAGGCGCACGAGCCUAAAUUUGUUUGUCAUUUCAAAAAUAUAGCGCUUGAAUACACAUGUUUACUGAGAAUUACAUGGAAAAAGGUGCUCAAAAUAAUUGAAUAUAUUUUGUAGUCGGUUGAAUAAAUCAGAGAUGGUUCGUCGUAUACCGCGCGUACAUGGGAAUGUGUAUCGGCAUAUACUCUAACGCAUACACUUGCAUUGCGUGUACGUCUUUGAACCAUGAAUGCGUUAAGUUCUUCACGCACACAGCUAUACAUACACAUAAACGCUAACGCUUCAGUGCCAGCGGACGCGCUGCUUAACGCAAAGGUUUUCAAUGAAUAUAUACCGUUCUGUACCCAGUACAGUAAAUACAACGAAUUGAUAUACAUAUACUCCAUCUCUGGAAUAAAUACUGAAAUCUUAUUGUUAAAUAUUUUUAAAUUGGAAAAAGGCGCUUUAAAUACAAGUGGCCUUUCAAUAUAUGUAAGCUGAUUAAAUACUUUUGAUGCUUUUGGCGCUCUCGACGCCUGAAUUUUUCUACGUAUUUUUGGAAAAUUUAAGCAAUUUAAGCAAACUCAAGCGCUCCAAUUUUUCUGCCAUCUUGCACAAAUUUCAGCACUCGCGCGCCUUCGGCGCCCCAGCGCCGUGGUGCACCGCACCACUUGCGCCCUAUCUGGGACAGGCCCUGUCCUUUAGUGAAAGGGAAACGUUCAAUUCAAAAAUAGAAUGUGUAUCGAUAAUUGAACUCCUGAGAAUAUUCGUUGGAUUUUAUUACGUCUAUCUGAAAUAUGGCUCUUGAAAAAGUUGGUACGCGAAAACGGGAAAACAAAAUAAUUUUUCCAGGGUUUUUAAGCCGUGAUUAUAACAACACUUGUCUCGUUUUUUCGUACAACUUUUUUCAAGUUCCACAUUUAACUACGCAUCGAAAAAAGUCCAACGAAUAUUCUCAGCCGUUCAAUUGAACGUUACCCCUUCACCAAAGGAAUACGAAUUUCGGACUGCAAAUGCGUUAAAACAACGCAACGCAACGCAUACUCGUCAGUUAGUGCUGCUGACAUCAGCUCAUAACACGCUCUGCUGUUAGCAUUAUCAUACAUUCAAAAAUUGAACUGAUUGUCAACAGAGACCAAAUUUCAGCUUUUAAGAUAAAUAUGGACACAAACAUGAUUAUCAAUGUUUGAAGAAAACUGCUCAAUAGAUUCCUGGAAGCGCUUCUAUUUUGAUUGUAUUUAUGGUUUUUAUGUGUCAUGUGUCACAUUAUCACUUGGUUGAAGGAAAAGGUUAUCGGCUCCGGUCGAACGUUUGGCGAUUCCGUUGUACGUUAUAGAGACAAAAUUGUAAGCAAACAGUUCGAGUAGCAAUUUUCAAUAACAUACAUGCUUUGAUUUAAGGAAAAUUAAAGCAAUUAAUUACAAGUUUUGAGAAAAAUGUUGUUAAAAUUUAGUUUGAUUUUCGCGAUAGCCGUCACAUUUUGCUAUUGUGAUGAUCACGUAUACGGAAUUGAAAAUGCAGGUCAAAAAUUGUUGUGGAGUAAGGAGCUAUUUAGACACAAUUUACCUCAUCCGAAAAACCAUACUCUGAUUUUCAAGUAUAUUGGAUCAGAACUUUCGCCAAACAUCACGUAUGCAAAGUUCGAAGUAAAAAAUGCGACUAGUGAAGGAGUAAUUGAAGUAAACACCGAAAAGGAUAAAGAAAGAACUAUACUAGCGCAACUAAAUAUAAUAAAUGGUACAAAUUUUCAUGUUAUUGCCAAGAUUUAUGGCCCAAGUGUAAGUCUUAUUGAUGUUGGAAGGCUACAAAAAGCUGCUGUGGGUGAUCAGAACACCCCGAAAACAGUAACAGUUGUUUAUGCACACAACUCAACGCAAACCAGAAAUCGUAAAGUCGUUUUGGGACAUCGUCAAGCCGGAGACAAACUGAUUGAUUUUCAAACACAUAACGUAACAUUCUCAGAUCGUUUCCCGGAAGCUGAACUUCAAUUCCAUGACAAGAAUAAAUGUAUCACAUCAGUUGGUUUUUCUUUCGAUUCUGCAACCGCAAUUGCAUUUGUUAACAGCACAUUUGUGGGGGAGCAUGGAUUGAAUGUAAUUGUAUAUGACUUGAACAGUCCGUUUUUCGUAGCCAAUAUGAGCAUUUAUGGGUACGAUACUUUUGAUAAGCCCGAAACAUUUAAAUCUAUUGUUACAAAACAUAAAAAAAAUCAAAUGAUUUAACUCGAAUCUUCAAUGAAAGAACAUAAAUUGGUAAAUUUAUACACAGAAUUAAAAUAACGAGUUUACUUUGAAUGGA